UGUUAAGACAAAUCAAACAAGAUCACACAUGACUAUAUUUAGGCUUACACAUUGAGAGAAUUUGAUGAGUCAAAGUGCUUAGAUGAACAGUUCCAAAAGUCAAAAGUGGACGAAUAUAGCGGGACGGAGGGAGUAGGAGUUAAGGGGGUAUUUGCUUGUGAGAAAAUAUAUUUCUAGAUAGUUGUUUUUGAGGAAGACAAUUUCAACGAAAAAUAUUCUCCCUCUCAUUUUCUAUUGUUUAAUAAAAAGUUUUUUAUCACAAAAAACAAAAAUAUUCCAUCAUUUGUUAGCAAUUUUUUUAAAAUUAAUACUUGGUCCGUCCCUGAGUGUUUAUCCACUUUUAACUUUUGGAACUGUUCAUCUAAGCACUUUGACUCAUCAAAUUCUCUCAAUGUGUAAGCCUAAAUAUAGUCAUGUGUGAUCUUGUUUGAUUUGUCUUAACAUAUAGAUUAUUAAUAUAUAAUUUCUAUAAUUUUUUAAUAUACAAAUUACAAGAUAAAAUGGAUUAAUAAAGUGCAUUGGAUGUUAUCUUCAAUAAGUGCAAUGAAGAAAAAGUGGGCGUCACUGAGGUCUUUCAAGUGGCGGUCAUUAUACACAAGCUUCCCUCAGUCAUGGGAAGACUUCCCUGCAGACCUAAAGUUCAAGAUGACUGAGCUAAAUCUAAAACAACUCCUCACACACUUAAGGAUCCAAGAGGAAGGGCUUGCUUGGAGAACUGGAGGUGCGAAUGCAAACAUCGUUGAGCAUUCGUUAGGCUACUCACAUAGUGGUAAGGACUAGGAAAAACUGGGUCCUAAAGGUAGAAUUUCUAAGUUUGCAAAGAACAACAACAACAACCCAGUUAAAUCCCACAAGAGUAGGGUCUGGGGAGGGUGUGUGUACGCAGACCUUACCCCUACUCGAAAGUAGAGAGGCUGUUUCCAAAGAGACCCCGGCUCAACGUCGAAAGUUGCAUUGCUUGACUAACUGCUACUUCAUUAAUUAAAGAAGCGCAGACAGUUUAGAGAUCCAUUUUGAUUUAUUCCAUCACACCCCAAAGCCAAAAAAUGGUGAAAUUUUGG